CACAGUGUCUCCUUUAUGGGCAAAAUCUGGUGGAUGUUGAUGCUGGUUUUACGUCUGCUAGUCCUGCUGCUGGCUGGCUUCACCCUCUUUAGUGAUGAGCAGGAAAGAUUUAUCUGCAACACCAUCCAGCCAGGCUGCUCUAAUGUGUGUUUUGACGUAUUUGCUCCUGUAUCCGUCUACCGUGUCUGGCUCUUCCAUCUUAUUCUUCUCUGUCUCCCCCAUGUGCUGUUUGCAACCUACGUCAUGCAUAAAGUUAUGUCGUACCCCUCUCCUGGAGGUUUCUGCAGAGACAGGAGUCGAGGAGCUUUACCUUUCACCCUUGAGAACUCCAUGUCCUUCCAUAAAGCUCCACCUCACAACCCCCCACUAGAAUGGCGAGUGCCACGCUUCUACUGCGCCUACGUCCUGGUGGUGAUUCUUCGGAUCCUUAUAGAAGUGGUUUUCGGUGCAUGUCAGUUUUUUCUCUUUGGUUUGUCCAUUCCUAAGAGAUUCCUCUGUUACGAAGCUCCCUGCACAUAUGGGGUGGAAUGCUACAUCUCCAGACCAACUGAAAAGACUUUAAUGCUCAACGUCAUGCUGGGUGUCGCCUCCUUGUCUAUUCUGCUAAGUUUGGUUGACCUGGGGAGCUCCAUGAAGGCGAUGGUGAGAUGGAGGAGGAAAAGGGAAAUGUUUAUGGAGGAGAUGAGUAAAGGAGAGCAAAGCAGUGUUUUUACAACGACAACAAUCAGUGAAGACAGUGAUGUUCUUUUAACCAGAAGAAUCAGCCUGAGUGGGAGCUCAAAGAAUGGUCUCAAAGAGGAAAAACAUGCUGCUGCUGUUGUGCCAAAUGGUGAACGUCUUCCUACAAAGGUGGAUGGUGGAACUGUAAUUAAAACCAGUGAAUCCACUAAUCAUAAGAGGCCAGAAAACAAAGAUGCUAAGGCCGAGAUGUCUUGGUCGCCCACUCCUGUGAGCGCUCCAGUACCAACUCACUUUGUCCUUCACAGCCAUCUGAAACCUCCACUGUACCGUUGCCCCGACAAGGAGCCGCCACCAAACUCUACGGUGCUAACACCUAUGGGUGUCAAAAAGCUGGGGCAGUACACUCCAGGUGGGGCAAACUCAGGCCAACAGUCUGAUGGCAGUGAAUCUGAAGACAAGAGGGCAUGGGUGUAG